CCUCACCAAACCCUCGCCACGGCGGCUUCACCUACCCACCACUGCCUCUCCUUUUCUUUGGAUCCAUCGAUUCCACGUUUUAUCGAGUUCGCGGGGAGCGAGAGCGAUCGGGAGGAGCGAGAUGGGGAGCGAUGUGAAGGUCUACACCCUGACUGAGGUCUCGACACACAACACCUCCAAGGAUUGUUGGCUCAUCAUCGGCGGCAAGGUUUAUGAUGUUACCAAAUUCUUAGAGGAUCACCCUGGGGGAGACGAGGUUUUGUUGUCAUCAACUGGUAAAGAUGCAACUGAUGAUUUUGAAGAUAUUGGUCAUAGCUCUUCUGCAAGGAUAAUGAUGGAUGACUAUUAUGUUGGAGAAAUUGAUGUCACAACAAUCCCUAAGAAAGUAACCUACACUCCUCCAAAGCAACCGCACUACAACCAGGACAAAACAUCUGAGUUCAUUGUCAGGAUCCUUCAGUUUUUGGUUCCUCUCCUCAUCUUGGGAUUGGCCGUCGGCAUCAGAUUCUACACAAAAUCAGCUUAAAAAUCUUCUCACCCAUAGUGAGGGAUUUCAUAGAAAGUGGGUUUUUACAAUCUCCUAUAUAUGUAACAUUGUUACAACUUCAUAUACUUUUGUGUGGUUGCUAAAUGCUUGCUUGUGCUUCAAUUUGUGAACACGCCUAUUUGGAUUUUAUUAAGUGCCUCUAUUGUUAGUGAACUAAAUAAGCAUUAAUUCCCUAAGAGUCUUUUUAUUAA